UUAGAGCACCAAUACAGGGGUUUUAAAAAGUUCAUCCUUCGAGAUUUCCUUUUGUCCACUCCACAUUUGCUUCUCCCAGAUGACAACCUCACACUCUUCUGUGAGGUGAGCGUGCUGGUUCCGGACUACAUCAGCGUCUCUGAACAGAACAUGCAGCCAAGGGUUGUGAUUCCAAAGUGCACGCUGGUCGAUGAGCUAGGAGAGCUGUGGGAGACUUCCCACUUGACAGACUGCUGCCUGGUGGUAGCCGACCAGGAAUUCCAGGCUCACAAGGCAAUCUUAGCUGCUCGCUCUCCAGUUUUCAGAGCCAUGUUUGAAGCUGACAUGAAGGAGAGCAAAACCAACCGCGUUGAGAUUCAUGACCUGGAACCUCAAGUCUUCAAGACAAUGAUGGGCUUCAUUUACACCGGGAAGGCACCCGACCUCCACAGCAUGGCAGAUGCUGUGCUGGCAGCUGCUGACAAGUAUGGCCUGGAACGUUUGAAGGUCAUGUGCGAGAGGGCCCUCUGCAUGGACCUCUCUGUGGAGAAUGCUGCCCACACUCUCUUCCUGGCUGACCUCCACAGUGCAGUGCAGUUGAAAACUGAGGCUCUGGAUUUCAUUACAGCUCAUGCUUCCGAGGUCUCUGAGACCUCAAGCUGGAAGAGCUUGGUCGACUCCUCUCCACACUUGCUGGCUGAACUAUAUGGCUCCCUGGCUUCUGCACAUGGUCCUUGCCUGGAGCCCCCUCUCAAACGCCUGAAGCAAUCUUAA